AUGGGGAAUUUAAUCUCUUGCUCGAUAUCCUGUGAUGUGUGGAUGGAUAAAAUCUCUCAAUGGCUAGACAAGAAAGUUGGUUAUAUUCACGAUCUUGAGAAGAAUCUCGCCACUCUGGAGAACAGCAUGGUUAAGCUCAAGGCUAAGCGGAAUGAUUUAUUACGAAAGGCCACAAGAGAGGAGGAUAAAGGUGGACAAAGGCUUGGAAGAAUUCCAGAUGACAUAUGGGAGAAGGUGGAUUUAACAGAGAUUGGAGUCCCAUUUCCAGCACCAGAAAACCGAUGCAAAGUAGUCUUCACCACUCGUCGCCAAGACGUAUGUUGGACAAGAAACAUUAGGAAGCGAUCCAGAGAUCCCCAAGCUUGCAAAAGAGUUGCUAGAAAAUGUGGUGGCCUUCCAUUGGCGCUCAAUGUCAUAGGGGAGACCAUGUCAUGCAAGAAGACGGUGGAAGAAUGGCGUCACGCUAAAAUGUUUUGA